UGAGGCACGGCAGUAGGGCUGCUGCUGCCAUUACUAAAGAAAAAGGGGGCUUUUAAAAAAUCAUAAGGAAGUGAAAAAUCACCUGAUUAUCCAAGAGAAGAAAGAGCGGUGAACGCCAGUCGUCCAACAGCACCUGACACAGCCUUUCUACCUGGCCGCCUGGCCACCGUGUUUCUCAACAGUGCAUGUGCUGGGCUGCCAUGGCGACCAUGGCUCCACCCCUCACAUUUCUACUCCUGCUGCUUCAAGUGGCUGACGGCUCAUUCCCAGAGGAGCCUAGUCCACUCAGCUACGCUCCCUUGGAGGUGGUGAGGAGGUACCCCGUGUUCGUGGGGAGAGCACACCCCUCCGCCCUCCGGCAGGAGAUGCACAUCCAGACCGUCCUCCAGGUCAACCGCACGCUCUACAUAGGAGCCAGAGAUGAUCUGUACAGAGUAGAGCUGGACAACAUGGUUGGCGAUGAGAUGUUCUACAGCAAGAAGCGCACAUGGGAGUCCAACAAGAAUGACAUCCGGGUGUGCAGAAUGAAGGGGAAGCACGAGGGUGAGUGCCGCAAUUACAUCAAGGUGCUGCUGAGCCACCAUGACGGCCUGUUUGUGUGCGGAACCAACGCUUUUAAUCCACUGUGCGCCAACUACACCAGAGACAGCCUGGAGAUGGCGGGAGAGUCUGUGAGCGGGAUGGCGCGAUGCCCCUACGACCCCAGGCACGCCAACGUGGCUGUGUUCGCCGAAGGGAGUCUUUUCACCGGCACUGUGACGGACUUCCUGGCCAUCGACGCUGUGAUCUACCGCAGCCUGGGGGACAGCCCCGCCCUCCGCACAGUCAAGCACGACUCCAAAUGGUUCAGAGAGCCGUUUUUCGUGAGUGCAGUAGAAUGGGGCCCGCACAUCUAUUUCUUCUUCCGAGAAAUGGCGAUGGAAUUUCACCACCUAGAGAAGGUCAUGGUGUCCCGGGUGGCCCGCGUCUGUAAGACGGACCUGGGCGGCUCCCAGCGGGUGCUGGAGAAGCAGUGGACGUCCUACCUGAAGGCGCGGCUCAACUGCUCGGUGCCGGGGGACUCCCACUUCUACUUCAACCUGCUGCACGCCACCAGCGGGGUGCUGCACCUGCAGGGCCGCGCCGUCGUCCUGGGGCUCUUCUCCACGCCGCCCAACAGUAUCCCCGGCUCGGCCGUGUGUGUGUUCGACAUGCAGCAGCUGGCCCACGUGUUCGAGGGGAGAUUCAAGGAGCAGAAAUCCCCAGAAUCCAUCUGGACCCCUGUGCCCGACGAACUGGUGCCCAGACCACGGCCGGGAGGCUGUGCGGUGGAGGGCUCCCGGUUCAGCUCCUCCAACUCCCUGCCCGACGAGGUGCUGAACUUCGUGAAGACCCACCCUCUGAUGGACGAGACGGUCCCCCUGCUGGGGCACCGGCCCUGGGUGGUCCGCACCAUGGGCAGGUACCAGCUGACCACCAUGGUGGUGGACACGGAGGCGGGGCCCCAGAGGAACCGGACGGUUCUGUUCCUGGGCUCCACGCGAGGGACCGUGCUCAAGUUCCUCAUGGUGCCCAGCGGGGAGCCCGUGGCCCACAGCAGCGUGUUCCUGGAGGAGGUGGAGGGCUUCAACCCAGAGAAGUGUGGAGAGGACACCCCCCAGGCCCGUCAGCUCCUGUCCCUGCUGCUGGACCGCAGCAGCCACACCCUACUCCUGGCCUUCCCCUCCUGCCUGGUGCGGGUGCCCACCUCCCGCUGCCACCUGCACGCACGCUGCAUGAAGAGCUGUUUAGCCUCCAGGGAUCCCUACUGUGGUUGGACGAGAGGCAGCACCUGCUCCUUCCUCAGACCAGGCACCCGGUUGCCCUUUCAGCAAGACGUGGAGUACGGCAACACCACCUCUCAUCUGGGGGACUGUGACGGCCUCCUGCAGCAGAGCCUGCUGAUCGAGCCCGAGAGCCUGGUGUCGCUCAACCUGCUGGUGGCGUCGGCCGUCUCCGCCUUCACCAUCGGCGCCGCGCUGUCCGGUCUGGCCGUCUGCUGGAUCAUGGCUCACAAGCCCGCCGCCCGGCGCCACGGCAACGCCUCGCAGUCCUCCAUCCAGCGGCGCGAGCGCGGCCUGCUGGGCAACGGCGGCGGCAGCGUGGGCGGCUCGGUGCUGAGCGUGACGCGGCAGGGCGGCGGCGGCGGCGGCGAGCGGCCCUGCACCCAGGGCGGGGAGACCCUGUUCGUCAUGCCCAACGGCUGGGUGAAGUCCGGGGAGCUGGACCCGGGCUUCCUGCCCACGCCGGAGCACACGCCGCAGCAGAAGCGCCGGGGGCUGCGGCUUUCCGACUCCAACUCGGGGGGGUGGGACACCAGCCAGACGUACCUGGGCGGGGGUACCGUCAGCCUGGGCUCGCCCUGCCGCAUGCCCCCCUCCGUCUACAUCACCACCCGACUCUUCCAGCAGGGCGGCGGCGGCGGGCGGCACGGCGGGGAGGGCCGUGGGGGGGACGCGCCCCGCCAGCACUACGUCUGCCUCAGCAAGCAGGAGAAGGGCCCGCGCGGGACCCCCAAGGCGCCCCUGAGGAAGUCGGCGGGGGAGUACGUCUACCCGAUGACCCCCCAAGACUCGCCGGAGCGCCGCAGGGUGGUCUCGGCCCCCAGCGCCCCGGUGGAGUACGGGGAGUCCCUGCCCCUGCGCUGGCCGGCCCCCGAGGGCUACAUCCUGAGCAGCCACCCCAUGGGGCCCCAGUCCCCGACCGCCAUCAUGGCGGCCCCGGGCGGGGGCCACCACAACCCGGCGUACGUGCCCCAGCAGCGCACCCCCGGGAUGGGCGGGGCUCUGAUGAGGGGGGCUCUGGUACGGGGGGACCUGGGGGAGUUGGUGGAUCUCAGCCAGCUCAUGAGCAAGAAGAGCUGCAGUGAGAGGACUCAGACGGGCCAGUGA